AUGACCUGGGUCAUCCUGGUGGACACCAAGUUGAUCAUGAGACAGAAAUGUGCCCUUUCCUCAAAGAAGGCUAACAGUGACCUGGGCUACAUUAAGAGGAGUGUUACUAGCAGAUAUUGUCUAGCUCCAAACCUCUGGAUCAGGCAGUCCCGUUGCCUGAAGUGCUCCAUGGAAGCCAUGAGGUGGACUGCUGCUUCCUCUGCCCCUGCUAAGCUGCCUCUGGGCCUGGGGCAGGUCAGGGCCACCAUAAAAGCCAGCCCAGCUCCUCACUCUCUCAUCCACUUCUCGCACCUCCUCCUUGGGAACCAGCAGGUGCACCUCCAGCCUCGAGACAUGUCCUGCUACAACCAGUGCCUGCCAUGCCAGCCCUGUGGCCCCACCCCACUGGCCAACAGCUGCAAUGAGCCCUGUGUCAGGCAGUGCCAGAACUCCACUGUCGUCAUUGAGCCCCCUCCCGUGGUGGUGGCCCUGCCUGGCCCCAUCCUCAGCUCCUUCCCGCAGAACACCGUUGUGGGAUCCUCCACGUCUGCUGCUGUUGGCAGCAUCCUCAGCUGUGACGGAGUCCCCAUCAACUCUGGGUGCUGUGACCUCUCCUGCAUUACCAGCCGCUACUGUGGCAGCAGAUGUCAACCCUGCUAA